UCUCCUCGCUGUUUCCACAGACACUGCAGCGUGAAGCGUGGGGAGACGAGGAGCUGAAGAGAGGAGCAGCUGCCGCACCGAUGGAGGGGAAGCAAGGAUCUCCUCAUCAGUACGGAUCCCUGGAGCGCACUGAAUGGAGCAAGGACGACCACAAACCAGAGGACGAUGUGGUGUCCAUGGCCGACUCCACCAUCACUGUGGACGACAUCGAGGGAGAGCUUUUUAAGAUCGAGAGGAUCAGAGAUGUGCUAGUCAGGAGGGAGUCAGAGCUCAGAUACAUGAUGGAUGACAUUCAGCUGUGCAAGGAGAUCACACGUCUGAAAAAGGAGCUGCACAAACUAGUAUCCAUACCAGAUAAGGACAAGUCAAAUGAGGACCGGCAGAAGGAAGAAGAGCUGCUGCAGCAGAUCCACAAGCUGGUGGAAACCAGAGAUUUCCUAGUGGACGAUGUGGAGUUUGAACGGCUCAGGGAGAAGGAAGAAGACAAAGAAAUGGCAGAUUUUCUGAAGUCCAAAUUCCCAAAGCAUAUGAAGAGGAAAGGUUUACCGACGAGACGGGUGCCACCCAGGGCUCAGCAGACAUCCUCCCCCUUCACCAAGACAGGCCUCACCCUGCUGAAAGAGUGCUGCGGAUUCACCUGCUCCAUCAUGUAGACUGAGGUCAAAAUAGAGGGCCACACUGCAACACAAAAACAGCCAUCCCACAGGAGUCCAUAUUUCCAGUUACAGCUUUUCAGCCGGACAAAGACAAAGUGUAGAUGGAGCAGAAGAGAGGCUGAAGUCAAGAUUUUCAGGAGGGUGGCAAAGGAUUUCGCAAAGACCCAAGUCUGUCUUGUGUUGGAUCUGUUUGUAUCUUUCAUAAGAUUUAUUUUUUAGUUACCCUGUGUAUCUCUUAUAACACUGAUUAUCACUGCUCAGCCACCUUCUCUGAGUCUUAAAGGAAAUAACCAAUCAUAAUGUAUAUAUUUCUCCCUUUCAGGCAGACAGGAUGGGCUGUGAAGCACAUGUCAGGCAUGGACAGUGCACACAUUAAUUAGAUUCUCUUACCACAGCUGGCCUGCAAGUUUUUUAUAUUUAAAGAUCUAACUGAGCUAAACUGUCACCUCCUCAUUAAAAAGUAGCUUUGUGCAGGCGUCAGCAGGUCAGUUGAGACUAACAGCUGAAACUUUACAACAUUUAGGGGACAACACUAAUGAAAGUGACAUUAAUAAGGAUGAGUUAGGAUGACAAUGUGUGUGGUUUUAUUCUAAUAAGUAUGACUUUUAAAGGUUGUCGCUUAAAAGGAAACAACUCUCUUCACAGUCUAAUUUCCUUUAACAACAGUUCACCAGCUUCUAAUCAUGUUUCCUUUUAAAUGUUGUACACAAGCACUGACUACAUCUUGAUGUAGAAACUAGAAAAGUGGGCCCAGACUUAUUUGUUGAAAAGGACUGUGUUUGUGACCUACCAAAUGAAUCACUCGUGCUGUGUUUUUCAUCGUUUUCUGCUAGGAGAUCUGAAAGAGGCUUCGUAAAGUGUGUAAAUUUCUCUAAAAAAUUUGACUGCAAAUGUAAGCAGUGACAACUCGACCCAGACUCAACCUGGAGCGACUUGGACUUGUACCCUGAGGACACAAGACUCGACUCAGACUCAAGGUUUGCUGACUCCACUUCAACGCUGGUGUUGGGUAUGGACAAACAUUCAGGAGUUUUGAUUUCUCAGAUGAAAAGGGUUUAUUCAGGGCAGCCGCAAAAGAAAAGCACAGAAAAUCAUUCACAAAGGUCAUGGUGGAAAAAAAAAUGGAAAAUUGACCGUAACAUUGAAAAGAAAAUGACUCUCCUUACAGCCUUCUACUCAGGAGUGACAAAUACAGACAAAACAGAAAUUAUUCCCCUUUACAUGUCAUCUUGCUCCAUUCAGAGAGGAGAUCUGUGACUUGUUGACUUCUCUCUUGGAGUAAAACGAGAGAUAAUAAUUCAUAGUAACAAGAAUUAUUUCGAAAGUGUACCUUUUUUUACAAGUUGUCAUCAAAACAUACAUAAAAUAAGUCAAAAGUAAGCAUUCCUUUUUCUUUUAAUUUGACAAAAGUAUAGCUCCUUUAACAUAAUGGCAACUUUCCCUUUCAACCUAAUAUGGCAUUUAUUCAAGAUGGAUUAUAAUUUAGGAAAAAAGUUUCUUUACUUUGCAAAUCAAUUAGAUAUGGCAGAUACAGUAUUAAGAUAAGCAUACACUUUUUAUGUAGCUGAUAACAUGAACAAUCUGAGACAAGAGCCUGUAUAAUCGUUUACUUUAAAGCUCCCGUGAGGAGGUUCUAGCUGUUAAUUCUGAUAUCUGCAAAUGAUCUAUGUAGUCAAAAUAAUCCAUCAGCAACAAGAUUAGAAAUUUAAUGCCUGCAAAUGCACCUGCAGGGUGAUGAGUAUAAGAUGACAGGAAAAGAUUGAUUUAGAUUUUUCAAGGCUAGGAU